AUGGAUGUAGAGAAAGCCUUCCACAUGACUGGAGGAGUUGGCAAAACCAGCUAUGCCAAGAAUUCCUCACUGCAGAAGAAGGCAUCUGAUAAGGUGAAGCACAUAAUCAUCCAAGCAGUUGAGGAGCUUUACCUUGCAACCACUCCCAAGAGCAUAGGCAUUGCUGAUUUGGGCUGUUCCUCUGGACCGAACACCCUAUCAAUCAUCAAAGAUAUCUUUCAGGCCAUCCAAGGCAUAAGCCACAAGAUCAUGCACCACUCCACCGAGUUCAGGGUGUACCUCAAUGAUCUCCCAACAAAUGACUUCAAUUCAAUCUUCAAGGCCCUGCCAGAGUUCCACGAGUUGCUUAGGCAAGACAGGAAAAAUGGGCUCCCUUCCGUUUUCAUGGGAGGCUACCCUGGCUCAUUUUAUGGAAGAUUAUUCCCAAACAGUUACUUGCACUUUGUCCACUCCUCCUACAGUCUGCACUGGCUUUCAAGGGUUCCUCCAGCACUCUAUGAUGAGCUUAAAAGGCCAUUGAACAAAGGGUGUGUUUACAUUUGUGAGUCAAGCCCUUCAGUGGUGUCUCAAGCAUACUCUCGCCAAUUCCAAGAAGAUUUUUCCUUGUUCCUUCGGUCAAGGUCUGAAGAACUAGUCGUAGGUGGGAGAACGGUGCUGAUAUUUCUCGGAAGAAGGGGCCCAGAACAUGUUGACAGAGGCAACUCUUUCUUCUGGGAGAUUCUUUCCCGUUCAUUUGCUAUUCUAGUCUCACAGGGGGAAAUAGAGCAAGAUAUGUUGGAUUCAUAUGAUGUACAUUUCUACGCACCAUCAAGGGAAGAGAUAGAAGAUGAAGUGAGGAAAGAAGGGUCGUUGAAGUUGGAGAAGCUAGAGAUGUUUGAGAUGGACAAGAGUGAACAUGGAAGUGAGAGCUAUGGAACACAGGUUGCUGAGGCAGUUAGGGCCAUUCAAGAAUCAAUGAUCUCACACCACUUUGGAGAGAGGAUCUUGGACAGUUUGUUUGAGAAUUAUGCAAGAUUGGUUGAUGAAGAAAUGGCCAAAGAAGAUAUCAGACCAAUCUCUUUUGCUCUGGUUCUCAGAAAAAUAUAA